AUGGCGGCCCUGGCGGAGAAGCCCAACGUCAUGGUGAAGGUGGGCAUGGUCGGCGACAGCCAGGUCGGGAAGACGACGAUGAUGGUCAAGUACGUCGAGAACCGGCUCGACGACGAGUACAUCCAGACGCUCGGCGUCAACUUCAUGGAGAAGUCGAUCACGCUGCGGAACACGGAGAUCACGUUCUCGAUCUGGGACCUCGGCGGCCACCGCGAGUUCCUGAGCAUGCUGCCGCUCGUCUGCAACGACGCCGCCGCCGUGCUCUUCAUGUUCGACCUGAGCCGCAAGAGCACGCUCACGUCCAUCAAGGAGUGGUACCGCCAGGUCCGCGGCCUGAACCGAUCGGCGUUCGCGCUCCUCGUCGGCACCAAGUACGACGUCUUCGUCACGCUGCCGCCGGAGGAGCAGGCGGAGAUCGACCGCAACGCGCGCAAGUUCGCCAAGGCCAUGAAGGCGCCCUGCAUCUUCACGUCCGCGCACGAGUCCAUCAACGUGCAGAAGAUGUUCAAGGUCAUCCUCAGCCGCGUCUUCGACCUCAAGUGCACGCUGGAGAAGCUCGUCGAGGUCGGCGAGCCCCUCCUGAUAUUCUAA